UGUCAAUAAUUGGGUAUUUAUUGCUAACGGGUUGCUCGCAUUGCAGGAAUUGCAAUUCUUAGAUAUUUUUUUAUUAUUAUUUGUGAUUUCAAUUUGCAACAUUUUCUUUCGUUUCGGCUGUAAUCUUCGUUAAUGUUCAAAUAAAAUAAUAAGUGCCCUUUCCCAACACGUAGAUUCAAUCAAUGAAACAAAUUUUCUUCAGCUCGUAAAAAUGGCAUUAGUUGCUUACGAGAACAGCGACAGUGAAUAUGAAGACGAUACAGAAGAUAAUACCACAGUUGUUACUCUAAACACAAACGUAAAAGUGCCACUGAAACCUGAUUCCAAGCAGGUCACAGCAGAAGAAAACCCCGCAACGUCGAACUCUGAUUCUGGUCAAAAUCUCUUCAACCUCCUACCUCAACCGACAAACAAAAAGCCAGUCACAAUAGAGGAAGAUGAUGAAUUUCUACAUAAGAAAGAGAGCACUAAUAUAACUAAACCUAAGGCUAAGAUCAUGGUGCCUUCACUGGAUGAUUUCAAAGAUGUGGAUCAUGUGGCACCCAGUGUGAAAUCUAAAACAGCUAAUGGGAAAAAAUCAGGUCUACUAAGCAUAUUGCCUCAGCCCAAAAAUGCAGCGUUGACAACUAAAGCCACCACAAAGACAUUAAUACCACAUGUGCUCACAAAAAAACCAGAUACUACAGCAAAGAAAAAAGAUCCACUGCCAUCACCAAUGAAAAAGGCUAAGACUGUUACAAAAUUAUUAGCAGAAUAUUCAGAUGAUAGCGAUAAUGAUGAUGAGAUUCAAAAUGACUUUUUCUCGAUAAACAAACCCGUAGAAUUGCCACCUGUUGAAGAUAUACCACUAGAUAUUGACGUUAAGCCCAAAGCAGUCAAAACUGUACCCACAACAAUUCCAACCAAUCACAGACAAGUUCAAAAUAUUCAAUCAUAUUUCAAACAAGAUGCCGAUGAGGAGAUGAAUGGAGUAGCAGGCGGUAGUGAAUAUGGCAGUGAAGCGUCAAGUUCGAGUUAUAGUAGUCACGAGGUUGUUGAAAGUCAGUCUAAUGGAGAUGUUGUAUUGGAUGAUGAAGCUAUCAUGAAGCUAUGUGGCGCCCGAGGCAAACGCAAGCGAGAGGAGAUUCAAAUAGUGAAUGUGAACCAGCAAGAGGUCCUGGCUGACGCCAAGGAGUGGCUCCUCAAGGGGCUCAUGGACGAUACCAGCAAACGGGUCUCCGCCAGCAAGAAGCGGGGCAACGAACCCACGCAUCAGCAAAAGAGGAAACACCAAAUCACCUACUUGGCGCAUCAGGCGAAGGCGAAUGAAGUGGAACUGCAGAACCAAUGGGCAAACAACAGAAUGUCAAAACGACAAACUCAAUCGAAAUAUGGUUUCUAACAUAUUUUAAGUACAAACAAUUGUAAAUAAUAAAAUCUC